AUGACCGUGGUAAUAGACCUUGCCAAGCAAGGUAAUUUCUCCCACACUCCAAGUGCCGUCGCGAAACAGAUGUCAAAGACGGCUUCAGUGCCUGAAUGGCCCAAACCCAUACCCGCAGUGAGGGUUAAACGUUACUGGGUUAGCCAUCAGGCAUCGGCAGGUGCGCACAACAACACAAACCCAUUCCGAGUCUGUGGGCUAUAUCAAGGUCAACGCCGAAUGGAUUCCAACAUCAUUCUCAUUCUGUUCAGAAAGUGCUCAGGUGUUCUCAUUCUUCCCCAUUGCCCCCAUUGCAGGCGUAUCAGGAGUAUUCAGUUCCUUCCACCACCGUGCAUCAUCGCCUACCACGACGACAUGACAUGCCACAGGAAACUUCAAGACAUUCAACAACGCCACGCGAAGCAAACCAACGACGGUGGUGACGACGGUUUAGUGAGGGACGGUGAGCGAAGGCAACGACGUGAAUUCCAGAUGACUGGACAAGAGCCGUUGCAACGUAUCCACAACUCUAUAGACACUGUUGCCGCUCACGUAGCUGUCUAA